UAACAUUUCAAAACAUAAAUCACUAUACAACCUACACCCAACUCGACUCCAUAUCCUUUAAUCUCCAAAACCUUUGUCUUUCACCCAUAAAAAUAUGGACCUAAAACACACCACCACCACCCCACUAACCGCCCCCGAUAGUCCUGAUACUGAUACCGAUACCCCACUUCACUCCCACCAAAUCCAACAUUUUUCCUCCUUUCCCAUCCAAAAAAACCACCACCAUCACCACCACCGUCUUCAACCACCGCCUACGGUGGUUGCAUACAAAGAAUGUCUCAAAAACCACGCCGCCACCAUCGGCAGCCACGCCUUAGACGGCUGCGGUGAGUUCAUGCCCUCACUAACAUGCACCCCACAUGAACCCACCUCACUAAAAUGCGCCGCUUGCGGCUGCCACCGUAACUUCCACCGCCGUGAACCAACUAACGACGUGUAUACUUACACACCACACUUGCUUCUACCCUUUAACACCACCGAUCACCACACCCCGAUGGUGGCCACCCCGGGAACACCGGCAGCGGUUAAGCUUGAAACCCUACAUGGCCGAAAAAGAUUCCGGACAAAGUUCACCCAAAUUCAAAAAGAAAAAAUGUAUUUUUUCGCCGAAAAAGUCGGGUGGAAGAUGCAACGAUGUGAUGAUAAAAUGGUGGCGGAUUUUUGCAAUGAGAUUGGUAUCAAGAGAGGAGUUUUUAAAGUUUGGAUGCAUAAUAAUAAAAAUACUUUUGGGAAGAAAGAGAAAGAGACUCUUUCUCCUUCUGUUGCUGACACCCUCGGUGGUGCUAUUGGUACCACCGCGGGUGCUGGUAACAGAAGCAACGACGAUAUUUAUAAUAGUGAUGGAGUGAUUAUGGAAGAGUGUCAUGAGGAGGAUGAAAAUGUUGAUGGACGUGAUGAUGAUAAUAGUUAUCGGGAAAACGGUGGCGGUGGUUGCGGCCGCGGUGUUGAUAUUCAUGCUUCUAAUAUUGGGUCAUCUUCUUCAUGUUGAUUAUGGUGUUUGUAUUAUGACUUAUGAGAGAUGUGUUUUUAUUUAAAAGGAGAAAGGUUAUCUUCUUUGAUUCCUUUAUUUGUGUAACAACCCUAACCAAGAAUGUUAAAGAAUAUUUUAAUGAAUA